AUGGAUUCAAACUCUUUGUCUCAAUGCAUUGUUAUUUUCUUUCUUCUAUCCAUUUGGAGCACUCUUCAUGUCCAUUGCAAAAGCAACAUAUUCACAGUUUCUCAAUCUAAAGCCAAAACAGACAUCAAACAGGCUUUGUUGGAUGCAUGGAAGAAAGCUUGUGCAAUCAAUGGAGGCACAAUUAGAGUUGCAAAGGGAAAUUAUCAACUAAGUGAUGUUGAAUUUCUAGGGCCAUGUAAUGGCAAAACCAGAUUUCAACUAAACGGAAACCUAAUCGCUCCCGCGGUUCCUACUCCCAACCUCGAUCACUGGAUCAUGUUUCGCGACAUGAAUCAACUCACCAUCCACGGCAGAGGCACCUUAGACGGAAACGGAGCCUCCUAUUGGAAGACCACGCAUUCAACCACUAUAUCAUCACUGAAGCUGGAGCACGUGAACAAAGUCAACAUCAGGAACAUCCACUCCAUCAACAGUAAAAAGUUCCACUUCAACGUCCACAACUGCAACUCUGUGACGAUAAAAAACAUCCGCGCCACGGCCCCGGCCGACAGCCCCAACACGGACGGCAUCCACAUCCGAAAAUCCAACAACAUCAGAAUCAUCGGUGCAACCAUCGCCACGGGAGACGACUGCAUCUCCAUCGGAGACGGAGUCACCAACAUGAACAUCACCGGGGUCAACUGCGGCCCGGGCCACGGCAUCAGCAUCGGGAGCCUCGGGAAGUACCACGGGGAGGAGGAUGUACGAUCGAUCCGGGUCACCAAUUGCAACUUCAAAAACACCGAAAACGGGCUCAGGAUCAAGACGUUCGGGCCCUCUCCACCGGGGCUUGUCUCCGACAUCACAUUCGAGGGCAAUGUGGUGAAUAACGUGGGAAAUCCGAUCAUCAUCGAUCAGCAUUACUGCCCGGAAUCGAAUUGCGGGGGCGGGGGUGGCGAUUCGAGUGUUGCGAUAAAUGGUGUAAAGUUCAUCGACGUUCGAGGUAGCUCGGGUGCAGCAACCGGGGUGAAGGUUGAUUGCAGCAGAUCGCAUCCUUGCAAAGGGAUUGAGUUGAGAGGAGUUAGCUUGACCUUUAAUGGGAAGCCAACUAAUGCAGUUUGCUCUUCAGCUGAUGUGAAGUUUCUUGGUGGUAACCAAACUCCUUCACGUUGUUCAUGA